AUGGAUACGCCCCUCGCUCAGGCUGACGCUGUGCGCAGCGCCGUCGCGUCGGUCGCGACCUGUUCGCCCGCGACGUCUGCCAUACUCAAGGCCCUGCUGCUACCCAAAGACGAGUCCCCGACCGCCGACGAGAGCAUCCCCCGCGCUGCCCCGAAGACCGCAAAUCCUUCCCGAUCACGAGCAAACACAGUCGCGAGAGUCCCGUCAAAACGCGUCAAACCCGCUUCCGCUUCCGCUUCUAGUUCCGCUGUUGCCGACAAUGGCUUGUCCGUUCGAGAGAAGGCGGCGCUCGCGACGCACGUCGUCAAUGCCACCCUCAAGGUCCUCGGAGAGGCUGCGAAGCCGUCUCCGACAACACCGGCGACCCCUUCCAGACGACCCGCGCAGGAGGAUGAGCUGGUGAAGACGGCAACAAGAAACGCGCUCCGGCGGUCAAGCUCAGCACCGAUGUCCCCCAUGCAGCCGCGCUCCCUCAACCGACAAGCCACCACGCCCGUCGCCGCAAAAUCCGCCCGGUCGCCCUCCAAGACGACAAGCAACACCAACCUCCUCGCCAUGGUCGAGUGCGCCCGCGUGGCCCUGACCGCCUUGCGCCAGCUGCCCGCCUCGGGCAAGGUCACCCUCCCGGAGCUCCAGCUCGAAUCCGGCAUGUCGGCGCUGGUUGGGAAGCUGAUAUCCUUGAACCUGCACGAGCAGGCCAUUAAGGAGCUCCGAAUUCUGAAAAAGAGGUUGGAGUGCCCGUCAGAUUCCGAGUUGAAGAAGCCGGCCAGGACAACAAAUGCGGAGCCCAGAAAUGCCUCCCAGCUCUUCUCAGAGCUACUCGACUACAGCGGCGUGAAGGCGUCCGGGCAGAAGCUUCUGUUGGUCAUCGCGACGCAAAUCCAAACAUUGCGGGUGCUGGCCAUGACGAAGAAGCCCGCGGCGGUCGAGUCGGCACUGCCGCACCUGCGGCAGGAACAGGCCUCUUCACCGAUCAGCCUGCUGCUCGCCGCGGCAGCCGAGGACGGCGCCGAUGUUGGGAAGAUCGCUCGCCAAAUGGAGACCUUGGCCCAAUGCCUGCUCUCGCUCACCCCGAGCGUGUCCAGCAAGGACGACAGUUUAGCCCAGGAGUCCCGGCUCAGCGUCUCCCCCGCAUCUGCGCUCGAGCUGCAGGCGCUUGCGCUAGAAGUUCGACUGCAUUGGUGGAGGCUGGCAAAGCAUAAAGGAGACGCCGAGAAGGACAUCAUGGUUACUCUGUCGAGGUGUCUGGGGGCCUACGUUCGUCGAACUUCCGAGAGUCCCAAAUCCAGCUACCGCUUUUGCUCGGAUAUCUGCGGACGGAUCACCCAGCAGCUGCAGAGCCACGGCCUGCACCCGCUGAAAGGUUCGAAACUCCCUCUUGCCACAAUAUACCAGACUCUGGUCACGCUGGCACGCGACGCCCAACAAAUACCGGACGCCGUGAUGUGGGCAACGAAGCUCCGCGAAGCCGUAGAUCCCAACGUCGAAUCGGUUGCGAAAACGUGUUCGCUUGCGGCUCAGUUGCUGUCCCUCCAUCUGAAGCAGCCUGAAAAGUACCUGUCGGAUGACCGGCUCCUCAGAGAAGUUGUUACUGGCAUCCAGGGUCCUCUAAGGGGGGAUACUUCGGAACUGGACGAGCUCUUGACCAACAUCUGCGCGGCCCGGAAAUCAGCGAUGCAGGUCCUGCUCAGCUCCGGCCGGGACGGGGACAACGUCUUCCAACCCUCGGCCACCGUCAAGGAGCUUCUGGAAACAUUCAUUCUCCAGUGUCCGCGGUUUUGCCUCCGAUGGCUCGGUAAGCCGCCGGGGCCCAAGGCCAGCACCAAGGAUUACCUCCGAUACGAACAACGACGCCAGCUUAUGUUGCAAUACCUUCGGCAUAUUCUCGAUUCAGCAUUCGUGACCAUCAAGACCUGCCUGGAGCAGUCACGGCUGGGCUGGGAGCUCAUGGACUCCAUCCUCAGUGAUUGCAACACGCUCUUGGAGUACACGGGAGGCAUGGCUUCGGCCGAUGCUUCGGCGUCUUAUCACGUAAAGAUCUCGCAUUUUUACUACUUGCAGUACAGCUGCCUCCGGCAACAAUCAACUAAUCCAAAGGACGUCGGGCCCCUCCGCGCCUUGCGCCGUUCCAUCGAGUGCGUCAAGCAUCGAACGAGCGCGGAGCGGGAGAAGGCGCAGCUCACUCUGAAGCUGGAACGCAUGGCGGAAAUUUGCCGGUCCCUCGGCAGGAUCGACGAAGCACUCGGCGCUCUCCAAGCCAUUCGAACAAGCCUUUUGGAUGACGGGGUGCUUUCGUCUGUUGCGGCCGCCCUCGCGACCGAGUCGCCGCUCGUUGCCUGGGCCAGCAGCGAAAAAGCCGAGGGCCUCUCGCGUGCCCUGCUGGCAAUCGCGAAAAUGGAGCAGGUCUGGAUUGACUGGACAGUGGAUCUCCCAGAGACCGAAAGAGCUGCCGCGCUGGAACAUCGGCUGCGGUUCAUUCUGCUGGCGGAUGGGGCAAAGGAGGCCGAGAUCACGCUGGAGCACCCUGUUGUCGACGCACUCCUCCGCACCUACAUCCCCACUCGGUACCCCAUCCGGAGACUCAGGGUGCUUCUUCUCCUGCUCUGCUCGGCCCUGGGCAACCUCGACAGGGCGCCCGAGCUCCUAUCGGUCGCUAAGGAUGCCGCACAGCUCGAGGACAGCAGCGAAUUCGGCGAGGACUCGGGUCUGGCCGGCUUUCUUCAGCACAUGAAGGCUCUGUACGGUUCGCUGGCUGCCGCAGUCGAUGCCUACCGGGACAGCCACGCUCUGGAGCGGUCGAUUAGCUCCUGGCGCUCGAUCAUCACAGCAUGUCAGGACAAGGCGGCGCUAGAAAAGGCAAUCGAUGACGUGCCAGGGCUGCUGGAGCACUUACGGGCGGUUGCCGACUUUCUCCGCAUGAAGGGCCGGGACACCACAUUAGCGACGGUCCUGGAGCUUACGGCCGACAUCGCGCGGCUGGCGGAAGGGUCAAGGACGGAAGAUGUCGUCCAACACAGCUCAUGCCUUGCUUUGCAAUACACGAAGCUCGGUCUGGCGCCGAAGGCCGAGCAGGUGUUCCAGAAGACGCAGGAGCUCAUCGGGGAUCAACUGCGUGGCGAAGCCCUCGUCACCUUCCACCUAGCCUUUGCCGAGCAUUUCCUAGCCGCCGGCAGCUUCAGGCAAGCCGAAGAGCACCUUUCACUGGCCGAGCUCGCCUUUGAUGCCGACACGCCACCCCCAAGGCGUGGCAGGACCGAAAAGCGGCGGCUCGUCGCCAACGCUUACUACCUGCAGUCGCUCAUCGCCCUGGAGCGGGGCGACUCUCACCACGCUCUGGCCUACUCGAGAGACAGCGUCCGCACCCUCUUCCAAGAUUGGGCCAAGCUGGAGUCUCGGCUUGCGCCGACUUCCACCGCCGAGCAGAGCCAGCUUGAUUGUCAAACACCCGAUGUCUCGGCGGUGGACCUCCAAGGAGAAGCCCAUCAUCAGCAAAGCCCCGGCCCCGAGUUCUGGCAGCUUUUUUACUGUCUCUACCGCAAUGUGUUUCGGCUCUCCUCGCUGUACGCUCACCUAGGCAUGUUCCAAGAGACCAUGUACUACGCAGAGCAGGCCCUGAAGAUGGCGAGGACGGUCGGUUCCGAGUUUUACAACGCCGAGUGCGCCGCCUGGAUCGGGUCGGUCUCUUGGAAGGCAGCCAAGGCCGAGAAGUCGCUCGAGAUGCUGCAGCAGGCUGCCGCUCUGCUCCCCAGAGACAACCGCUCGUAUUCGUGCGCGACGCUCGCAUGCCAGAUCGGUUCCAUGUAUCUCUCUCAGAACAACUUGGAGGGGGCGGCGGCUAUGCUGGAGACAGCCGAAGCCCUCGCCGAGGCGCUCGCGCGGGAGCCAGUGACCGCUGAGCAACCUGCCAGCACCGCAGUCAUCGAAGACAGGAUGGAAAAGCUCAGCAUAGCCCAGAAACCAGCGAGAGGCGGACGCAAGACUGCGGCGAAACAGGCGCCAGCGAAGAAGCCCACCAAGGCUCCGGCGAGGGCCAAAGCAUCGGCGGCUCCUGCCCCCGAGAAACCAGCGCCGCCUGUGGAAAACGCUCAGUUGGCCAAGCUCCGUGCGUCCAUUCUCGUCCAGAAAGCUGUGUCUAUGCUGCGCCAAAAAGAGUGGGCGGCAGCCCAGGCCGUCCUUGCGGAAGCCACAGCUACCUCGAAGGCGUCGGGUCUCCUGCCCACCAGGCACGUCGCCAUGGCCUCGUGCCUCCUGGGGAUGAGCAUGGAGCAGAUGGCUCACGACCCGGUAUUUUCCGUCAUUCAGGACUCGACCAUUUCGUUUCCUGCCCUGUCGGGCUCCGGCCAGGCUUCGCCAGCCCGGCCAUCCCCGCCGAAGGCUCCGUCGCCGAAGAAAUCACGAAGCGCCGCUCCAGCGGGCCCGCGAGAGACGGCGAAGGAGGCGCACCCGCGGAUGUACGUCGACCACCUGCGCGAAGCGCACGACUAUCUCCUGGAGGCGCACUCGGUGGCAGCGCUCAGCAGCGACUCAAGCCUGAUCCACAGGAUCUCGGGCAUGCUUCAGAAUGUCGGUCUGUUUCUCACAGCAACUUCCGCCAAGGCCAAGGCGACCAUCCACUCGGCCCAGACGUCGUACGCGGUCGAGCUCGCUCGGAAUCUGACCUGGCGGCGGGAACGCAAGGCGGUCGCGCAGGAGAAGCUGGUGGCCAAAACCGACGGGCUGCAGUGGCCGCCCGCGCUCCACUCUGCCGCCAGCAGACGGUCGAGUCUCGGAUUCACCCUCGAACUGCACAAGAUCCAGCGGGACUACGUCGACAUCAUCCCCAAGUCGUGGAGCGUGAUCUCGAUCUCGCUCAGCGACGGCAACCAUGACCUCUGCAUCACCAAGCUCCAGGCGGGCGAGAGCCCCUUCGUCAUCCGGCUGCCGCUGGAGCGCGCGAGCUCCCGCGACGCGGACAGCGACGUGUUUGACUUCCAGCAGGGCCGCGCCGAGCUGCUCGAGAUCAUCAAGCUGGUCAACAAGACGUGCCACGACUCGAGGGACAUGACCGUCAAGGGUGCCAAGAGCGCGUGGUGGGCUGAGCGCGAGGCGCUGGACGACCGGCUGAAGGAGCUCCUCAUGAACAUGGAGCACGUCUGGCUGGGCGGCUUCAAGGGCAUCUUCUCCCAGCACGUCCGCCGCCCGGACCUGCUGGAGCGGUUCCAGCGGGACUUCCUGGCCAUCCUGGACAAGCACCUGCCCUCGCGGAGGCAAGUGCGCGGGAAGAAGGCCAAGGCGGCGCAGGCCUGCCCCAAGGGCGCGCUCGACUUGAACGUCCUCGAGCUGUUCAUCGGCCUGGGCGACACGACCCGCCCCGAUAUCGACCUCGACGACGAGCUGACCGACCUGCUCUACUUCGUCGUGGACAUUCUCCAGUUCCACGGGGAGCGGAACGCGUACGACGAGAUCGACUUCGACUCCAUGGUCGUCCACACGCUGGACGCCCUGCACGCCUACCACGCGGCCGCGAACGCCGCCGCCGCCGACGCGCCCAGCAGCGCCCACACCAUCCUCAUCCUCGACAAGGCCCUGCACAUCUUCCCCUGGGAGUCCCUCCCCUGCAUGCAAGGGCUCGCCGUCUCGCGCGUGCCCUCGCUCGCCUGCCUCCGCCGCCUCCUCCUCGACCGCCACCAGCCCUCCUCCCCGCCCAACGACUCAUCAUCACCCGACCGCCCCAUCCGCGAAGGCCACCACGUCUCCCCCAGCCGCGGCACCUACAUCCUCAACCCGUCCGGCGACCUGACCUCGACGCAGUCGACCUUCGCCCAGCCGCUCGCCACCCACCUGCCCUCCCCGGCCUGGAAACAGAUCACGGGCCGCCCGCCGACGGAGGAGGAGUUCGCGGCCGCGCUCGCCGGCAACACCUCUGAAAACGCCGACGCCGCCGCCGAUGGCUAUGGUGCUGGUGCCGGCGUGGUGCUGUACUUCGGCCACGGCUCCGGCGCGCAGUACAUUCGCGGGCGCACGGUGCGCCGCCUCGACCCCCGCUGCCGCGCCGCCGUGCUGCUCAUGGGCUGCGCCAGCGCCGCCCUCGCCCACGCCGGCGCCUUCGAGCCCGCCGGCCCCGUCUGGAAUUACCUGCUCGCCGGCUGCCCCGCCGUCGUCGGCACCCUGUGGGACGUCACGGAUCGCGAUGUCGAUCGGUUUGCGGCGGGGGUGUUGGAGGAGUGGGGGCUUUUGCCGCGGGGGGCGGUCAGUGGGGCGAUGGUGGCGCGGGAGGGGGUCGGGGCCGGUGGUGGGGGGGGUGGGGGGGGGAAGGGGAGCAAAGGGAAGGUUAUGGAGAAGGAGAAGGAAAAGGAGAAGGGAAGGGGGGAGGUGGGGAAGGGAAAGUGCGGGUAUUGUUAUGGCGAUGCCUCGCUUGUUGAGGCGGUCGCGAGGGCGAGGGAUAGGUGCCGGUUCCGGUUUGUCACGGCGGCGGCUGCCGUGGUGUACGGUAUUCCGGUGUAUGUGGAGCGAUGA